AUGGGAGAGCCGCUGGUCGCCGAGCAGCCGACAACCGCCCAACAGAGCCCGUUGAGCACGAACUCGGUCGCAUUUCAGAGCUCCGCAGACCCCAUUUCACAGAAUUACGGCCUAGAAGACGCCUAUCGCGCUCUCAUUUACUUCUGCGAUAGAAAUUCGUUGGAUAAGAAACAAGUACUUCGAUUUUCUCCGCUUUUUCCCGUGUAAUUAUAGAAUUUGACAUUUUUCAGGUUAUUCUCGGACUUUUCCUCUCAUUUCUGCUCGUAAUCUUCUCGGUGGGCACUGUGAUCGCGUGGAAUCGAUACUCGCCCAUCAUCCAGGAGUUUAUCAUCAAGGAGAAUAUCGAGAAAGCGAGAGCGAAAAGUUCCGACAAGAAUAGUAGGGCUGCAGUGGGGAAAUCAGGGAAAAUCAUCAAAAAUCAUUCAGAAAAAGAAGAAUGA